GGAUAGUCGAGAAUUUGCCAAUGGAUCUGUGUGCCUGGAGUGUGAUGGGCAGUGUGAGAAGAUGGAUGGGAACGCCAUGACAUGUCUUGGCCAGGGCCCGGACCAGUGUGUGAAAUGCCUCCACUUCAAAGACGGACCCAACUGCGUGGAGAAAUGCCCCGACGGGUUGCAAGGCGCCAACAGUUUCAUCUUCAAGUACGCCAAGGCCAACAACGAGUGUCACCCGUGCCACGCCAACUGCACCCAGGGGUGCGUCGGGGCGAGGCUCCAAGAUUGUGUCGGGAUGAUGGACAGGACACCGCUAAUAGCAGCUGGCAUUAUCGGCGGCCUAUUCAUCAUCGUCAUCCUGGCACUCAGCGUGGCCGUUUAUGUCCGACGCAAGAGCAUCAAGAAGAAGAGGGCCCUGCGGCGCUUCCUUGAGACGGAGCUGGUGGAGCCCCUGACCCCCAGUGGAACGGCCCCCAACCAGGCCCAGCUGAGGAUCCUCAAAGAGACGGAGCUGAAGAGGGUGAAGAUCCUGGGAUCAGGGGCGUUUGGAACAGUCUAUAAGGGCAUCUGGGUCCCAGAAGGUGAGACGGUGAAGAUCCCCGUGGCUAUUAAAAUCCUCAACGAGACCACCGGUCCGAAGGCCAACGUGGAGUUCAUGGACGAGGCCCUGAUCAUGGCCAGCGUGGAGCACCCCCACCUGGUUCGUCUCCUGGGUGUCUGCCUGAGUCCGACCAUCCAGCUGGUCACCCAGCUCAUGCCCCACGGCUGCCUGCUUGACUAUGUGCACGAGCACAAGGACAACAUUGGAUCGCAGCUGCUGCUCAACUGGUGUGUCCAAAUCGCCAAGGGGAUGAUGUACCUGGAGGAGAGGAGGCUGGUCCACAGAGACCUGGCGGCCCGCAACGUGCUGGUGAAGUCGCCCAAUCACAUCAAGAUCACCGACUUCGGCCUGGCGCGGCUGCUGGACGCCGACGAGAAGGAGUACAACGCAGACGGGGGCAAGGUUGGUAUGCCGAUUAAAUGGAUGGCUCUGGAAUGCAUCCACUACAGGAAGUUCACCCAUCAGAGUGACGUGUGGAGUUAUGGAGUGACCAUCUGGGAGCUGAUGACAUUUGGAGGCAAACCCUACGACGGUAUUCCUACGAGGGAAAUCCCUGACAUUCUGGAGAAAGGGGAGCGUCUCCCCCAGCCGCCCAUUUGCACCAUUGAUGUCUACAUGGUCAUGGUCAAAUGCUGGAUGAUUGACGCAGACAGCAGGCCGAAGUUCAAGGAGCUGGCUGCUGAGUUCUGCAGGAUGGCCCGUGACCCCCAGCGAUACCUGGUCAUCCAGGGGGACGAUCGUAUGACGCUUCCGAGCCCCAACGACAGCAAGUUCUUCCAGAGCCUGCUCGACGAAGAGGACCUGAAUGACUUGAUGGACGCCGACGAGUACCUAGUGCCACGGGGUUUCAACAUGGCUCCUCCGUCAUACACAACCAGGCCUCGGGUUGACUCCAACAGAAACCAGUUUGGCUAUCGAGAUGGAGGUCCAAACACUUCGGAGGGCUCUGCGGCAGGUGCCCAAGCCUGUUCAAAUCAGGAAACCACGGGUGGCCCCGUUCCGGCCCUGGAGGACCAGCGCUGUAAUGGGAGCUUACAUAAGAAGAGCAUGAGCCAGGCUGGGGGAGAGGACAGUGGGGGCCAGAGGUACAGUGCUGACCCCACCAUCUUCCUUGGAGACAGGGUGUCCAGAGGGGACACUGAUGAGGAUGGAUACAUGACACCCAUGAAGGACAAGAGUUCCUCAGAAUACCUGAAUCCCAUUGAGGAAAACCCAUUCGUGUCAAGGCGCAAGAACGGUGAGAUCCAUGCAUUGGAUAACCCGGGCUACCACAGCACACCAAACAGCCAGCCAAAAGGAGAGGAUGAGUACAUCAAUGAGCCCCUGUACCUCAACACCUUUCACAGCCCUGCUGAGCUGGGCCUGGAAGCCCUGAGGAGAAAUGGUCUGCCACUACCCACACAUCCUUCCAUCUCAGCCACAACUUCAGGUUCCCACCUCCCGCUUACCAUCCAGACCAGCCUCCCACACUACCCCCUCCCCUCUGCCCAGCCUUCUCCAUCUGGCAUUGCCUGCCACCAUGGCCCACCAACCCACAUCCUCCACACCCACCAUACCCUUAGACCUGCAGGACAACCUGGUAAUCCAGGUGGUGCCUCUGCCAUCCUGAGCCAAACAGGAACUUCUGCCCAAACCCAAGUGUGCCAGUCAGGCACCCUGUCGACUUCAGCCACCAUUGGGCACGGCAGCCUGCCAGCCUACCAGAUCCACGCCUCAAAUCACCCCGCCAGUUUGCUGAAGCAUGGAGGGUUAACAUCAGGUAAAGCCACUGGGAAGAAGCUGAAGGUGACCUUUGACAAUCCGGAAUACUGGCAGCACAGCUUGCCCCCCAAAACAUCUAACCAGGCACUUCCUGAUGGCGCCCAGGGAGGUUCCACCAACGCCAAGCUCUUCUAUAAGCAGAACGGACAUAUACGGCCCUCUGUAGCUGAAAACCCUGAAUAUAUGUCUGAGUUUUCCCUGAAAUCUGGUACUGUCUUGCCGCCUCCACCCUACCGGCAGCGGAACACUGUGGUCUAGAUCGUUCCACUUGAAAGACUUUCCUCUAUCUGACUCUAGCCUCCAGCAAUCCUGAAAUACUCUCCGGUUCCACUGUUCCACACAAAGGGGAGAGGCCACAACCAGAGCCGCCCCCAAACUCUUUCCAAAUUACACACCAUCUGCUGUAGAGUGUAGCAACAUCAGAAGGAGGUGGACUGAACCGAACCAAGCAGACCCAACUCAGACUCUCCAACCUUCACUGUACCCAAUCCAGUCCAUUUUCUAUUCUGUAGAUAGAGACUGUGCUCCAUGAUACUAAGUAUAUGAAGGUUAUGGUGGAUUUUGGCUAACAGACAUAUAAUAGUCACACAUCCAAGGAGUGUUGUCCCGACAAGGGAGACUACAACCGGCUUCGGAUGAGAUGGAUUCAACUUUGGGGACCUGAACUCACUGCCAGCCACUGCGGUGUCAGAUUCAUGAGAGGAACCAGAUGUUUUUUUUUUUUUGUAUUACUUCUUUUCCAGUAUCAAGGUCUGAGGAUGAACAACUCUCUUCAAAGAGUUUCUGAAAUAAGCAAACAGACGGAGCAAGUAACGUCUGUUGGAUGUCAAGAUGUCUUGUUUUGUGAAUGACCUUGUAGAAAGAGGCAAAAUGGCAAAAUAUGGAGACAAAAAAGACUGAAAGGUUCAGUCAGGAGAGUGACUUCCAGUAACAUAAAAGACGGAGCACUGAAAGCUGAUCAAUCAUACUCAAUCUUUUUGUAUAUGGGAUAUACAGUACAUUCUUGGAUUUUCCUUCAAAUAUGUGAAAUUCAUCUCAUCUCACUACUUUAACUGUGAUACUGUGAUGGCCAAAACUACAAUGACCCCUCCUAUCACAUUUGUAGUUUAACCAUGGACUUUUUAAACUUGCCUGAAACCUACAGGGCGACUGCUGUUUAGUUUUUCUUGCUUGACUGCUGUCUUUUUUGGGAAAGCUGGUCAAAAAAACAGGUCUUUCCAACCCAAAGGUUACAAGGGAAUAACACACUGUAAACAUUUUCUAUUAACACUGGUUGCAUUGCUGAAAAGAUGGAUUUUUAUACACUGGCUUUCCCUUCGAAGCACGAGGCAAACUUACAUUAGUAAAGAGUGUGCAAGGCUAGUUAGAGAAAUUGCUGUAUCUGCUAAAUAGUUUGAUAACGCCAUCCAUAAAGCAGCCAAACUAAAAAUGUUGAUCAUCAUAAAGAAAGUGAUAGAAGAAGGAAAAGAGUGAAAACAUCUACUGAGAGAGGAUUGAAUGUUCAUACAAGCUGCUUAAUGAAGACCUCAAGGAAUGAGCGAGACAGCACCAGCAGAGCACAGUAAAAAAAAAAAGACUACUUUGUAUGUGUGUGUAUGUUGGUGUAAGUCUGAAUGGAAUCCAAAAGGAUACCCAUGGUAACUAGAAGCGGUAGAUGUAUGUGAUGACAUGUUCGACAGCAGUAUCAUUAUAAACCAGCAGUAUACUCGCCAGUGGGAGGACCUCAAACAAGGCUUCUGCUAUAUAACUGCAGUCAGGUACUUUUAAAGAUGAUCAAUAGCUCAUUGAGUGGCCCAAUAGCCCCAAACAGCAUCAGAUCUCUGGGUGAUUUUUAGGUGCUUGAGUUGUUCUUUGUCAAAUUAGAUAAAGACCUCAUGAAGGAUCUUUUGAUUCACAGGAAGUCAUAGAUGUGAAUCAUCAACAUUUUGCCAAUUUUUUCUACUUAAAUUAAGUUAUACAGCUUGUCUGGUAGCAUUUACAUCCUUCUUAUAUCUUUAGCCACUUUUUCCUCUGGACCCAAUGCCCUUAAAGGCAGCAAAUAUGGACAGGUUUAGGGUUGAUUUCAUUGGCUUGGUCCAACAUAACCAAGCUCUGCUCCUUGACAUUGUCGGAGCGACAUCAAUAAUUACCCAAAAAAACCCGAUCUGUGUUCUUAUGUAACAGACUUUUAACCUAAAGAUGAACUUAAAGUGCCCUUGUUGGUUGCGGUUUCCGAUAACUUGACCUUUUAAAGGACCUAAUCGCUAAGAAAUUGGUUUUCCAUGGAAAUAUCCAAUUUUAGGAUCCAAUAUCUGCCAUGUCCAAUAUUUUUAAACUCUUUGAGGUAAUAUUGAGGCACUUAUAGGAGGUAAGGUUAAAAUGCUAGAAAGAUCAUAAUAUUGGUUUAAUGAAGACCCGAAUCUUCUCGGCCAGGACUGUCAUCAUUAAAAGUAUCCCAGCUGAGUUACCCUUGAGAUUCCCAAUAGAGACCCCUUUAGUCACAUGUAAAUAUAGUCAACUACUGAUGCCUCUGUAGGCAAUUAGCCAGUAAAUGCUGCUAAAAAGCGCUGGUGUUACAGCCAUUAUUUUUUCCACCAAGCCAUACCAAGUUAUAACAACUGUGUGUGGUAAAAACACCAAGUUGGUUGCCAAACUGACAAUGCAAAAAAAUAUAAAAAUAGAAUGACGGUUUGCCUCAGAGGUCCUUUUGCAAUAUUUCCUGACAAUAACCUCUUACUUAAACCAAUAUGGAUAAACCCAUGUAGUUCCUGAAACUCUUGUGAGUUUUCCCUUAUUAUUAUUAUUAGUAACCCAUUAACAUUAUUAAUUCGUCAUUGUUUUUUCACCAUGCUGCGGCAUGAGCAAAGCCUCGCCCAUGCUGUUAUCUUGUAUAGGAUGUUUAUUUUGUGUAUCUUCACGUCUGUGUGUGUGAAAGCGUUCGUGUGAGUGCAUGCAAAGCUGCACAUGUUCGUCCUCCCCAUGGAGCACUUUGAUCAAACUCGUGGGUAGAAAGUAAAAUAUUUCCACCCUCCUUACUGAAACAUUGAACUUGUUUAUCUGUUCGUUUACCACUUCAGAAAGCAGAAGUCUUUUUUUCCAGUUAUCAAAGGAAGGUACUGCCGCAAGGAGUUCACAAGUACAACCAAUUUUAGCGGUACUGACCAGCUUGAAGAAUGUCCUUGUUUCCCAGGUUUUGUGUUUGCUUUGGACAGUAUUUAUAACACUGCUGAUAUCAUGAUUAUUUGAUGAAGGAGUAUUUUGUAGUCCCGUUUGGAGCUCUAAUUCAAUGAAAUAGAGACAGCAUUUAAUAUCAAUGUGAAAUAUUUAUGGUGUGUUUGAGCUUGUUUAUACAGAGUGAUGGAAGCCGCUGCCAAAUCUGGGUUUUGAGACAAAAAAGUCAGAUGAUGGGAAAAGGAACACAUGCCUCAGUUUACCUCAUGUUUGGACUAAAUUAGACUGCAAACAAGGGACAAUUGUAUGUUUGAAUAAAGGAUAAUUAAAGCUGCAACACUGAUGAGGAUGAAUUACCAAUAAUCAUGUCUUGUUUUCAUCACCUAAGAGCCUGGUUGCUACAAAUUGUUUUAUUUUGUGCAGAAGCAAUGAUUUCUCCUCUCUGACUUCUUGUUUCAAUCAUAGCUAUUUGUCUCAGCCCUGAACACCUAUAAGCAGCUCAUUCAUCAUUUUCACAACAGCCAUUGUCUUCUUACGUACAUCAUGCUUAAAUGCUCUUGCUAAUUUUGUGGCGCUGUCUUAAGGUUGUAAGUUCGAUGAUUUCAAGGACUCUGGCCAUAAUUGAGAAGCAACUAAGAAACACAAUAUUUAGUGAAAACUCCGAGCUAAAACAGUAGCAAUGAACUUGAUAACCUAUAAGCUAGCAUCAGGAAAUAGCUUAAGUUAGAAUUCAGCCGCUUUCCAGCUAAUACAACCGCUGGCUAGGAAGUGGCUGAAUGCUAACAUUAAUUUUGGUUAGCAGUGUUUGGUACACUAGCACCUUGCUAAGGGUAAUAUUGACAAGAACGUGGGGAAUGCUAACAUGAGCUAUCGAUGGUAACAGUUAAUGGUUUAUUGAAUUUGUUGUUUUGUCUACCCCUUCUCCAUCAUACUGUACAACCCUUUUAAACAGCAAUGGUUGCAUUCAGCCAGUUUCUAGAUAGUAAGUCACAGAAUGCUACAAUUGGUUGUUUUCUAACGGUAUGGCUAAAUAUGUGGUUUUAACUUGAAACAUGACCUGAUAUACAUUUGGUUUUUCAAUAUUUCACUUACUUUCAGUUGCUGAUCAAUUCAUAGGCAUUGAGAUUUUAUAAACUUUUAAGAAUUCCAUCAUUUAUACACCUUACAACCUUGAACACCGCAGUAUGACAUCAACGUUUUUAAGCUUCCCAUCUCAUCAUGGCUGAGGGAAAUUGCUGCCAUAUGAAUAUCAUCAAUGGCAGUUCAACAACACAAUCAUGACAAUUUGGGUAAGAGACUUAACUUUUUUUAUUAUUUGGUCCAAGCCAAGGUGCAGAGGCAUGUAGCCAUGUUGUACUGAAGUGAAUCCUUCAAUAUUUCAUCCUCAGCAGUAACUCACCAUAUAGACUGCGAUAGUCUAAUGUAUAGUUAAAUUUCACCUUGCAUGGUACCCAAAGUGAGUGUUUUACUGCCCUCCAUCUUUGUUUCUCUUCAUUGGAGAUAAUAUAUUCAAAUAUCUGUCCAGGAAAGUGGGCAGCGUGGGAGGUAAUAAGCAGAUUUUUUUUACUGAAUUUAGUAGCACAAACUGGGAACUCUUAUUUCUGAAAUGUUCUUUUUUUGUGUAGUACCUUAUAUUGAGUUUUGUGUUUCUUUUCUCCACAUUAUCAAGGAUGUUUUCCUUCAAGGAAGAAAGACUUGAAUCUGUAGGAGUUUUGCCACUAUUGUGUUUGUUUCUUCAAAUAUUUAACAUGUCGCUGCGAUUUUUUGUCGUUUAGCUAAAUUGCACAAAUCAUCGCUUAUACAAAUGGGGGGGGUCAUUAAUUUCUUGUGUUUUAAAUUAUCGAAUCAGUAUAACUGUACAGAAUCUGUGGGGUUUCCCUUGAAAACUUAUCUAACACACUUCAACAGCAAAUGUGAAUAGUAUUUUUAUAAAAGCACUGAGUCGGCCGACGUGGUGAAUUUGUAAAUAGGGAGGCAAUGCUUUGAAUUUAUAUGGUCUUCUCUCCUACUGCUGUUUUCUCCUGCUUAUAACGACUUGUACAGAAAGAGGCGUACAUAUUUGCUUUAUGUAAGUGUACCUUUUUGACUAAUGGGACUUUGAUUUUAAAAGUGCUUGUUCAACCCUUUUCUCAUGUAGAAACUCUGUUCAGUGGCCCUUCUUUCUGGAGAUUUGUGGCUGUCCUUAUGUAAUGUUUCAGUUUAGGUGAACACUGUUGGCCAAUGGCCAAUGGUGGCUUGUUGGGGAAGGAUGUUGUUCAAAUCACCUCAUAUGUCCAGUUUCGCUUCCCCUUGUUUUAUUCGUCACUCAUUAAUGGGAACACCCAAGAACUUCUUUUCCAUUUCCCAAUAAAACUGAUACCAGUGCUGCCAACUGACCCGGGUAAACUGGGAUUUUCUUCUCUGCUAACUUUCUACUGGAAAUCUUACUGAGCCAAGUUCGACCCCCUCCUCUUCCCUGAAAGGCAGAGCACAGCCUUCACAAUACAACCUCUCUUUUUCCAGUCAUUUCCAAUUUAUUUUUGCAUGCAUUUAGAGGAGACAAAACGGAUUGAGAAGGUAUCAUCAAGUAACUCCUUCUUGACUUCCAUUAGCUUCCCAUACUUUAACCCCUCUUGUGUCUUGAGUUAUUUAAAACCAUGCCCAAAGCUUUAUAUCAUAGAAAUACCGUUCCUCAUGUUUGUUACAUGAAUCUGUCAAAAGUAUAUUUUUAAUUUAAUAUAAAUAAAGAUUGAUUCACUAUA